AUGCGGACUACUCAACGUGAGCACUCGUUUGUACGACAUCGCCAUGGAUCAAAUACCGGACAAAAUGUUCCGCGUCGACAGCAAUUUCAGUAUAAACCACUUACUAAACGCCACCCUGAACCAGAAGAGCAUAGGCUCGUCCAGAGUGCAGUAUCGACGCAUAUUCUUGCGGGGCUGCUGGGGCUGAUGCUGGUUUGCGCCGUCGCCUCUAGUACACUGCUCUUGCCCAAUGAUCUGUGCAGAAUUGCGGCCAAGGCUAGUUUGCUAGCGGAGCCCAAGCUUCUUUCGGAGUAUGUCAUUCUGACGGGAUCGGAGUAG